GUCCGAAUGAAUUCAUUUUCAUUUUAGAGGGAAAGUGAGAGAGGAGAGAGAGAGAGGGAGAGAGAGGGAGAGAUCUAGAAGACUUGAAGAAGAAGAAGAAGGGUUUCGAUUGUUUGUGUUUCUCUCCGUCUUUCGAGUAUUUCAGAAAUGGCUUCAAGACCAGUUGUUCCUCAACAAAUCAGAGGUGAGGCAGUGAUUGGCGGAGGAAAGCAAGCAAAGGGUGGGGCCGCGGCAGAUGCAAGGAACCGCCGAGCAUUGGGUGAUAUUGGGAAUCUGGUAACUGUUCGAGGAAUUGACGCGAAGGCAAAUCGCCCUAUUACAAGGAGUUUCUGUGCUCAGUUGCUUGCUAAUGCUCAAGCUGCUGCAAAAGCUGAAAAUAAUAAGAAACAAGUACAUGUUAAUGUAGAUGGGGCUGCUCCCAUUCUUGAUGGUGGUGUUGUGGCUAUUAAGAAAGCAGGAGCUCCCAAGCCAGCACAUAAGAAAGUUGCAAUUAAACCAACAUCGGAGGUUAUUGAGAUAAGCCCCGACACGGUCGAAAAAGUCCAAGCCAAGGAAGUCAAAUGUGCAAACAAGAAAAAGGAAGGAGAAGGAGUAUCAAAGAAGAAAGCUCAGACUCUCACUUCAGUACUGACUGCUAGAAGCAAGGCUGCCUGUGGUGUAUCCAAGAAACCUAAAGAACAGAUUUUUGAUAUUGAUGCUGCAGAUGUUGGUAAUGAGUUGGCAGCAGUUGAAUAUGUUGAGGACAUUUACACUUUUUAUAAACAAGCUGAGAAUGAGAGCAGACCUCAUGAUUAUAUGGAUUCACAACCUGAGAUAAACACUACAAUGAGGGCUAUUUUGGUGGAUUGGCUAGUUGAUGUGCACAACAAAUUUGAACUCUCACCCGAGACUUUCUACCUCACGAUCAAUAUAAUCGAUCGAUUCCUUGCGACAAAGAUAGUUCCAAGAAGGGAAUUGCAAUUGGUGGGCAUUGGAGCCAUGCUUAUAGCCUCCAAAUAUGAAGAAAUUUGGGCGCCGGAGGUAAAUGACUUUGUAUGCCUUUCGGAUAGAGCUUACACUCAUGAACAGAUACUAGUGAUGGAGAAGAAGAUCUUGGGCAAGUUGGAAUGGACAUUGACGGUUCCUACACCAUAUGUUUUCCUUGCGCGAUUCAUCAAGGCAUCGAAGGACUCGAAUCACGAGAUGGAAAAUUUGGUUUAUUUUCUGGCCGAACUUGGCAUAAUGCAUUACAAUACGGCAAUGAUGUAUUGCCCGUCGAUGAUUGCCGCCUCGGCAGUCUAUGCUGCUCGAUGCACAUUGAAGAAAACCCCUGCUUGGGAUGACACCCUCAAGUUGCAUACUGGUUUCUCAGAACCUCAGAUAAUUGAUUGUGCAAAACUUCUGGUGGGGUUCCAUGGGGUAGCAGACAAGAACAAGCUUCAAGUAAUAUAUCGAAAGUACUCGAGCUCCGAGCGGGGAGCGGUAGCGUUGCUUCAGCCAGCCAAAGCUCUGUUGGCUCUUAAUGUUGGUGGUGUCCAUUGAAGUAUUAUUAGCUUGAAAAAAACUUUGGUUUUCAUGGAGGGAAGAAAUGACUACUGAAUUUUUUUGUUGUUCUUUUUUUGGGGGAGUUGGCUUUUUUUGGUUGUGUUCCCUGAAAAGAAGUUUGAUCAUAUGAUCACACAUGAUGAUAGUUUUGUUUGUAAUCAACAAUUUCUAAUGUUACUGACUCAUUACAUUCUUCA